CGCGAAACCGUCUCCCAUGUCCCACUCACACACACACGCUCCUGGAGAGACUCACUCUCACUCACAUGGCCCACCACAGCAGCAACAGCAGCAGCAGAUGCCGCCACCGCCUCCCAUCGACCCUCAACUGCAAGCAAUGAUCGACGCUGACUUCCAGCAAGUCGAUGUCGCGCUGUCAGCGGAUAAUCACUCGGCUCUCUGCGGAGCCCAUUCAUUGGAGAAAUGCGCAGACUGUGGUGUUGACUACGUGAACAUGAACCGACUGUCACGAAUCCUCGCUGUCAAUCCGAACCUGCUGUGUCCACCGCCCGCGAAUGUCGUGUCGCAGAAGCUGAGCCAGAUGGUAACCCAGACGAAGGACGAAGGGAACACUCUUUUCAAAACGGGACAACCUGGUAAUGCGAUCAAGAAGUAUACUGCUGCGCUCAUGUACGCCGUACAACGACCGCCAUGGGAAGCAAACCAGUUCAUGCGCGAAGAGCUCUCCACCGUCAUCUCCAACCGGUCAGCCGCAUUCCUUGAAUCAAAAGACUACGUGUCUGCUUUGGCGGAUGCCGAAAUCGUCAUCCAGCUCAAAAGGAAUUGGAGCAAAGGUCACUUCAGGAAAUCGAAAGCUCUCGUAGCUAUGGAGAGAUACCAUGAAGCAGCGGAGGCACUAAGUUUGGGUUUGGCCUUUGAACCAGGCAAUGCAGAACUUGUGGGAUUUCUCGAAGAGAUUCAGAAGAAAAUGACGAGCAACGAGGAAAAGUCAUGAUAUCGGGUUCAGGCGGAGUUGGUACACACAUGUAGGAUUAGAUUGGACCCCGCGUGGUGUUCCGAAUAAUUAAUUUAUCUUCCCCUUGGAUGCCUU